GUGCAACCGCCGAGCGAGCGCUUAGGGAGAUGUCAUUCUUGGACAACUUAGCCCCUUGAUUGGCUCAGUUUGUCGACCUGAGUGCUGAAAAUUCUGCGCUUCGCGAGCUGAAAGCUGAAGAGAGGGGAACCAAGGGGCCCGCCGCAAUCGACUUGUUCAAUUUCCAUGUUUCCCAAGCAUCCCAUCGUACAAAAAUCCUCAAGGGAAGAACCCAGUAUUGCCUCGCAUGGGCUUCUUUACCUGGAUUUCUAGCCUUCGGACUCGGUUGACCGGGCCCGUCGUCCGCUCCCACAGGUUCUCCAGCGAUGCGUUUGUCGCACCCGGAAUCCCCAAUCCCAUUCCUUUCCCUGACUCUUCCGUCAUCACAUUCAAAAGAUGGAGGAUAUUUAGCCUGGCUAUUGCAACAUUCAACGCCUGUCUGGCAGGUCUAUUUCCUGCGGCGUUGGUUGUCGUGUUCACUACCCCACUCUCUCACAUGCCCUACACACUUUUGAUUUAUUUUGCUAUUAGUGUGCCGAUUAUCUUUUUUUUUGUAACCGGCGAAAACGACAGUGGCGACAUGUUCUUCUUUCUGAAAUUCUUUGCUUUACGCUUCGUUACGUGGCUUGGUGGAUCUAACCUCGAGAGACCAUGGGCUUGGAAGCUGUUCUGGAGGAUAUACUCCAUAGCGGGCUUUUGGGCUCAUCAUUUCGCCCACAACUACCUGGAGUCCUGGAGACUCAAGCACCCAGAUCAUUCCAUUACCAUGUUUGUCGAUCGCGGCAAUCGCCUCGAGGUCCCUUGCCCGACGCUGGAUGAUCCUACAGACGACAGGUUGAUCAUCGAGCAUAUAUACAUCUUCUACCGGUUCUCCAGAAUAAAGAGGGGCUUAAUCCAUGCACUGCUUCCAAAGACCUUGGUAAGAGUGGAUAUCAUAGAAUUGGUAAAUGGUGUGUCGCCAGGGCGGGCCACUUCGUCGCUCAACUUGGGGUACUACGGACACAGGCAAAUUGGGAGCUUCCGAAAUCCUUCCCCGCUGGAAGGCAGUCGAGUCAUCUUGAACACAUUGAGCGAUGAAGGCAUUAUCAGGAUGACAGCGACAACACCAGAGCCACCAGAGCUCACAUCCAGCGGCACAAAGACAGCCUUGAACUUUGUACUAGCUUGGGAUCCUCAAGCUGCCGGUGUCGUCAUCCUGCUCCCUACGAUCAUCAGUCUAAUUCUCUGCGUCACCUGGCCUAUUGUAGCUGUACUCAAGUACGAAGCCGACGUUCAGACAAGCGUUCAAACUGCCACGUCACUUGCAAGCUACAUAGUCACAGCAGGUGCCUUGUUAAUCGCGUUGGGAACGUGGUUCGAUUCGGCAAGAGUAGCUGAGAGCUAAAAGGGGUUGACCUAGCUAUUCUAUUCUUUCGCGGUAACUUAUAACUAUCCUACGCAAUGCCAAGGGUACAACCACUGCUCUUUCACUGUGGUGGUACAGACAUGGAUGGCAGCUAUGCAGAGAAGGGGGACGGAGACGACCAAAUAGAAGGGCAAGGAAACCAGAGUCGAGAUACUGAGAGCGAGCGGGAAGAUUGUUCAGAGGACGACAAGAUUGAUAGUUAACCACGACCAGCUCGAACAUUCAGGAGGCGGUCUUGCAAUUGGGGGAACCGUUGCCGAAAGGAACGACAUAUAGUGAUGCUUGCGUUGACAAGAUACCAAGCUGUGUCGUCUAGUUUAAAAUGGUACAAGUCGCCACCAGACUGAUUCAU